GUCGGAACGGAGCUGAGCUGAGUUCGUAAUGGGCACACAACGUUCAGAAACUGAUGCAAUCGUCGUCAAACUCCGUAGUCCGCGCCAGUUACUGAUCGCGGAAAUUGACAUCACCGUCGACCUUGAGGAUGCGUGAAUCGCCCUGCCAUUUGGCUCGGGUAUUACUGCUGCAAUCAACAAUCGAAGCACGAUGUCCUUCUCGCCGAGAGAUUCCAGUGCGGAGUCUGGAUGCCUCAAAAGUCUGUAAGGUGUGAUCCGUGCGGGGCUCUGUGAUUUGUGAGCUGAGCGGGCUUUGCAGGACGUGGGAAGAAGUUCAACCUGGCGAACUUCGAAUUCGCAGGUUCUCUCCUCACCAUGCGUGGGCGAGGGAAAUCCGUGAACCAGUUUGAACGGUAGCUCUGGUCGCGGAGGAUCAUGGUUCCGGUCGGCAGGUCAUGAGUGGAGACUGGUGGAGUUCGUCUUUGAAUCAAGAGGAUGUGAAACUUGGACGCUUUUGCUGGAGCAAUUUGCGACAUGGGUACUCCGCAGGUGAUAUUAGGUUUGCUGAGAAGAUUCUUGAAAGGCGCAGCAGUAGGAGUGGCUGCAGGGAUCACCGUAGCUGAUAGAUUUGGCUCUGUAGUGCGGUUGAAUGGCCGAUCCAUGCAGCCCACAUUCAACCCGGAGGAUUCGGACUCUCCUAGCAAGGACAUUGUGGUGGUGGAAAAAUUCUGUCUGCGCAACUUCAGCUUCACCCGCGGAGACGUCGUGGCAUUCAGGUCACCGCAGGAUCCAAAGGAGUACCUUGUGAAACGCCUAAUAGCACUUCAAGAGGACUGGAUUACCGUGCCUGGAACAUACGAGAUCUUGCAAAUUCCCAAAGGCCACUGCUGGGUUGAAGGCGACAAUGUGGAUGUUAGUUUAGACUCCAAAGAAUUCGGCCCUAUUCCGAUAGCACUCAUGCGUGGACGGGUCACCCAUGUCGUAUGGCCACCGCAAAGACUGGGCCCAGUUGAAAGUAAGUACCCAACCGGGCGUGUUUUUUCGGGAAAGGAUGGUCGAUGACAAUUUCUUAAUGGUUUACGGUUUUCCGUAAACCCUAAACUUGGCAGAACAAUUACAGAAAGGAUUUCUUCGCCAGUAAUGUGUCAACAAUAUUUGAAGUUCCUGCGUGGUUGGAGAACCACGACUUUUAGCACAGGCAAUUCAAGGCACGAUUCAGAAAGAGAUUAUUUAUAAUGGAAAACUAAUAUAGACGAUCUCUCUCUUAAUGUCCUGUUCGCGCUUGCGAAUGCUGUAUCUCAACGACCUUGGACUUCCUUCUCAAGACCGUGAUCUUCUUCUUUUGUAGAGGAUGCAAUCCCGGUCACUCUUUUUAUCCAGUCAGUGUCAAACUUGGAGAUUAGGCAGCCCCAUUGGUUAGUUCAUUGCGCAUUUUUGACCCAUUCCUGGGACUUGAUGGCGAUAGACGUGACAGUUGUAUGUCUGUUAGGAUUGCCAUGUAUCACAUAGGAAACACUCGCACGGCUAUGAAGUGUUUUCUGACAAUUAAUCGGUCACAAGUCUUCGAAGGUGUGAUUCAUGAUGUAUCACGUUCCUUGAAACUCUCAAGGUUAAUUACGUGAAGAGAUUAGAAACUUCUGGAUAGUGGCUGGAAGUGACUACACGAAAUGAGGAAUGAUUAGUUUCUAAAUGUUAAGGAGUCAAACAGGGACGAUAAGCCAGUUUCAGACAGUAACACAAAAUGUUCUCAUUUCUUGUUACAAAGGCUGUUGUUGUCAUUGUUAGCAGCAUGGACUUGUACACAGUUAUGUACAUUUUUCCUUCAAAAUUAUCAAUGAUGAGCCCAAGUUGGAUAACCAUCUCCAUCUUGUAUAGACAGAAAGUUU